UGAUCCUAUAACUUCAUCGAAACAGAAAGAUAUCAUUUUCAUGAUAGAGAUCCCUCACUACUUUCACAGGUACUUUGAUGAUCAAAAUCCUUCAAAUUAAAACUCAAUAUAAGUACUAGAACCCAGCAUGUAAUUGAGCACCUGGCCUGAGCUACCUAAAGUACUGAAUACAUUGCCAUGACCAAAACAUUCAUGGAUUUCCUCUCUCCUACCUCUCUCAUCCUCCUACUUCUUUCUUCCCUAAUCUCCAUCUGGUUUUCCAUCAGAAUAUUCAAAAAACCAUCAAACCUCCCUCCAGGCCCGCCGCAGCUUCCGAUCAUAGGCAACUUGCACCAACUCAUGAGUAAUCUCCCACACCGGUCUUUGUACGAGCUAUCAAAGAGAUACGGGCCAGUUAUGCACUUGAGGCUCGGCCAAGUUCCAACCCUCGUCGUUUCCUCCCCUGAAAUGGCCAAACAAGUCCUAAAGACACAUGAUCUUGUUUGUUGCAGCAGGCCGGUCUCCCGUGGCCCAAAAAGACUUUCUUACAAUUUCCUGGACGUAGCUUUCGUGCCGUACAGCAAUUACUGGAGAGAGAUGCGUAAACUUUGUAUCAUCGAACUUUUCAACGUCAAAAGGGUACAGUCAUUUGGGCACGUUCGGGAGGAACAAGUUGGUCAAUUGAUAAAAUCUCUCUCUAAAGGGUCGGGAGAUCCGGUUGAGCUUAGCGAGAGGAUAUUUUCUCUCACCAACAAUGUUCUUUGUAGGAUUGCAUUUGGGAAGAGUUAUGAGGGGAGACAAUUUGCGAGUGGUAAAUUUCAGGCGACUAUUGACGAGGCCAUGGCUAUGUUGAGUAGCUUUUGGGGGUCGGAUUUUUUCCCAUAUGUUGGGUGGAUUGUUGAUGUUUUAAGUGGGCUCCAUUCUAGGCUUGAAAAGUUGUUCCAUGAUUUUGAUGGGUUUUUCGAAAGGGUAAUUGAAGAUCAUGUUGAUCCUACUAGGAAAAGGUCUGAGAAUGAAGAUUUUACUGAUAUCUUGCUGGGACUAGCACAAGAUCAAACGGCUUCGUUUCGUCUCACCAGAGAUCACAUAAAGGCAGUUCUCAUGAACAUAUUCCUCGGUGGGAUAGACACCAGCUCACUCACUGUGGUAUGGGCCAUGACCGAACUAGCCAGGAACCCAAGAGUGAUGCAAAAGGUCCAAGCGGAAAUCAGAAGUCACGUCGGUAAGAACUCAAAAGUAGACGAAACCCUGGUCGAAAAUCUCAAAUACUUGAAAAUGGUAGUAAAAGAGACCUUCCGUCUUCACCCAACAACACCACUCCUAAUCCCUCGCGAAUCAACCCGACACUGCCAAAUUUCCGGUUACAACGUUUACCCAAAAACAAGGAUCCUAGUUAACGUGUGGGCGAUUGGAAGAGACCCAGAGGUUUGGGAAAACCCAGGUGAAUUCUGCCCAGAGAGAUUUGAGGGGAGUGAAAUUGAUUUCAAGGGCCAGAACUUUGAGUUGGUGCCAUUCGGGGCGGGGCGGAGGAUAUGCCCCGGAUUGACUAUGGGCGCGACGGUGGUGGAAUUUAUACUGGCUAAUCUGUUGCACUGUUUCAACUGGGAACUGCCUGAGGGGAUGAAGAGGGAAGAUAUUAGCUUGGAAGAAGGGGGUGGCUUGACUGUGCACAAGAAGUUACCCCUUUACCUUGUGCCUGUUGGAUAUAAGUGGCAGGACUACAAAAGCUAAUGUGGUUGCUUGAUUUUUCUAUCUAUGAUUCGAUAGAGAAUAAAAAUUGAGCCAAUUAUGUGGGUUGUUCUUUAUCCAGUGGAUCAAUCAAGACAAAGCUCUACGCUGUGCUCAGGCUCAGUUUGGUGUGUUUUUCAGUCUCUCUAUCUAAUGUUGUACGCCUAGCAAAUAAAAACAAUAAAUAUGUGUGGUUUAAGAAUAGAAAUAAAGUUCUUAUUCUAUGAAAUAAACUUAUGAGAUAAUAGCAUCUCCAAUCUUCUUAGCUAAA